AUGGCUGGACUCAGUGUGACAGAGCUGUGCGAGAUUGAUGACCUUGCCACCAAAUUGGUCCUGGACCCCCUGCUGGGCUUCUGCACCCAUAAAAUGAAUAAUAGUCCUUUACCAGAGAUACAGUGUUGGAAUAAUCUCAAAGAGGCCCUUGUGCAAUUUCAAAGUACACAUGACUUUAACUCAACAUUCGAGGCGUUGACAGUGGGCGGACUGGCUGGUGACUAUUUUAAUUCUAUGGAAAGCCAUCGUCAGGAGCUACUGAGGCAACAUGUCUAUCGCUAUCUCAGUGCCUUCCUGCUAGACAGUGGUGUCAAAAUAGAGUACUGUGAUAGAUACUCUUCAGAAAUCAAUGGGGCAAAGGUAAUCUCUACAAGGCACUGGUUUGGAGGACAGCGUGUGGAGGUCCUAGUGGGCUGCAUGGCCAAGUUAACACCUGCUCAUAGUGCUUUGCUGAGGGCAGGAGUCAAUGACUUCAGUGUCAUGUAUUCUACUCGCAAAGGCUGUGCUCAGCUGUGGCUUGGGCCUGCAACCUUUAUCAAUCAUGACUGCAAACCAAACUGCAAGUUCCUCGGUGGCGAGAAAAAUAUUGCUUAUAUUGAAGUGAUUAGACCCAUCUCACCUGGGGAGGAGAUCACAUGUUACUAUGGGGCCAACUUUUUUGGGGAUGGAAAUAUAGUAUGUGAAUGUGUCACCUGUGAGAAGAAUGGAGAGGGCUACUUCAGACACAGAGGGAAGCAG